UGUCGACAACACGCGAGCGAUGUGCGAGACAUGUGAGAGCCGUUUUGUGAGUGCAGUUUUUGACGUUUCUUUGUGUCAAAUUUUAAAUUAAAAACCUCAAAAACAUCAGAUUGUUUAUUUUGUCGAUUUUGUCGCAUGGCUAUACACUCUCAAUUACCGAUGAUAAUCAAUGCAUUAAAAGUAUGUAUAAAUAUCUAAAGUGCGGACAUUCUUUUUUAUAUUUUUGAAAAGAAAAUAUGGAGCAAGCGGACACAGAUAUACCAGAUGAAAGUAUAUCACUUAGCUUAAGUACACCGGUGGAGGAUCCUGUAACGAACCAUGAUCAGUUAACUGUUGAAAGUGUGAUCCACAGCCAAAACGGAACGACAGAAGAAUUGGCAGUGGAGGAGAGAUUGUUAAAUGAUGAGAACACUGGACCAAACUCUCCCCUAACCAUGGACGAGGAGGCAUUGUUGGAAGAGGAUAAAGAGACCGUUGACGAUGGAGUCGAUUAUUCAAAAGAAAUCCAUCAAACUCCUUUGGAAGCUAUGGAUGAUGAAAACUCCCAUUCGUCAACUGAUUGCCACGAAAUGAACGGGCUGUCCGUAGAAAGUGCACCAAAACGGACAAAUUACGAACAGGAUUACUUCCAAUCGCUAACAGCGUGCGAGGUUGGCCGAUGCUCUUGGGACAAAGUCGAGAAGCAAAACUACGUUCGCGGUUGUCUCUGGUCGCCGGAUGGAACAUGCGUGCUGGCAGCAGUCAAUAGCGAUGGAAUGCAUGUGUUCGAGUUACCAACUGACAUGUACGAGGCACACCAAAUCUCCACGGAAAGACCAGUUCAGCUGCUAGACUCCGCUGUACAUGUGCGCGAAACAACGUUGGUUUACGAUUAUAAAUGGUACCCCGGGAUGCAUAGCUCAAUGCCAGAAACCAGCGUGUGGAUUGCCUCCAGACAGCACGAGCCAAUUCAAAUGUGGGAUGCUUACACUGGUAAACUGCGUUGUUCGUACAAAGGUUACAACGCUGUGGAUGAGGUGGAAGCUGCUUUGAGUAUCGCCUGGUCCUUAGAUGGAAGCUUCAUUUUCGGCGGCUAUAAGAAGAGUAUCAAAAUGUUCGACGUGAAAGCACCAGGUCGGGAGAUAUCCUCAUUUCCUACGAAGGUGACAGCCUCUUGCAUGACCGUAUGCUCGCCACUUCCUAAUCUACUGAUUUUCGGCUCCUGGAGUCGGUCCAUCACAGCUCUGGCGACCGACAGCAAUCAGACCAUUCCGGUGGGCAACAAUUCGCGCGAAUGCAGCCACAGUGCGGGUGUUACAUGGCUUAAAUUCAUUCCGCGAACUAACUUGUUUGUUUCCGGUGGCCGAAGAGAUUCGAAAUUGCUGAUGUGGGAUAUCCGCAUGCUGGAAAAACCGUACCACGUGUUGCAACGUGCUUGCGAUACCAAUCAGCGCAUUUACUUCGACAGUUCUCCCUACGGGGAAUGGGUGAUUACUGGAAACACGGAUGGCGUUGUUCGUGCCUGGAAUCUGCUGGAAGUUGAAACGGAACGAAAAUCUUACCGCCAGUAUGAUUUUUCUUUGCAUCGAGAUUGCUGCAAUGGCGUGUCCUUCCAUCCUUCCAAACCGAUCAUUGCCACCGCGAGCGGUCAGCAUCACUUUCCACCAGUCGAAGAUUCAGCAGAUAAUUCACCACUCGAUUCAAAGUUGAGUGAUGCGCACAACAGCGAGGAGAAUUCGUUAACGCUGUGGUGGAUCGGCGCAAUGAACAUUUCGGAACAGUAAAGUUAAGGUUUUUUUUUUAGUGUACAAUACAUUUUGCUUUCCUUCUUUCCGGCCUUCGAAUUAGUUUAAAAUCUUCAUGAUUCAGUUAAUAGUAGAAGGAUUAAAUAUGCAUAAUAUGUACAAGAUAACAAUAAAAUUAAUAAAGAAUAUUUCUUUACGA